AUGAUGCGUCCACCAUACGUGACUUGUGCGGUAGAAAUGAAAACAAAAGAAGUUUGCGUGUGGAGCGCUGGAGCUGCCCUGGUAUCUCGAGACUCUUGGGGAAGAUGGCAGCUGCUUGGCGUAGGUGUGCGAGGGCCAGGAUGCGGGGCACCCUCACGGUAUCUUGACAUGAUGAGUUAUUAUCCUUGGAUUGAAAACAGCCUCUCUAAAUUCAGGGAAUUCACCAUUUCCAAAUUAAAUCCUCAUAAAUAUGUAUUACGAUAUGCAGCACAUGAAACUAGUGGCGGCAUUUCUCCAGAGCUAGUAGGAAAACGAUUAUUUGAAAGGUUUGGUGCUUGUGAUGCAGAAGAGAAAGAAAAUUUAUUAUACAGAGAAGUCAUCAGCAUGCGUACUAAUCACCAAGAUGAACAAAGUGUGAAAUAUAAUCUCACGAUUACGGAAAACGUAGAGUUUACCUGCUUAACAGUAGAACUAAUAAAUGCAUCCGCCACUUCAGAAAUGCGUAUUAUACACGAAUGUCCUAGAGCAGCGGGAGGCGCAAGUUGCUACAGACAUCAAAGCUCAGAAUUUGAAUUAUCAAUAAUCAUAACAUUUGGGGACACAUGUCUUUUUGAGUUAGCAGCAUGGGGUCACAAAGUGUCAAUGGAUUUCUUAGACAUCCACGAGUGGAAAUGGCGUGAAGGUGAAUACUAUCCGGACUUUAAUAUGCAAAAAGUCGAAUAUCGUGGAACAUCGGAUAUGACAGGGUUCGGCUUUGAACCACUUGAUAGAAGCGAGUGGGUACCAGAGUAUGAUUUAUGGACCACUACUUUACGUCAGGAGCCUAGUUCAACAGUCCCACCCUUAUAUUGUGAAUUCAAUUUAAUCGAGGUUGGAAUGGCUAUAACAUUUGAGUUUUUAUUGUUCUUAUAA